CUCCGGCUCCGGCUCCGGCUCCCGGGCAUUUAAAGGGGACGCGGCGGCGGCCCGGGGGGAUGGGGGGCAGGCGGAGAGGACGGCCCAGACGCACAUCAUCCACGGCCCCUUGGGACUGGAGGGACUCGUGAGCCGGAGCCCAGAAAUACGGGGGUGGCUAAGACACCGCGUCCCCCCCAAUUCCCCCUGUGCGAGAAGCUCGGAGAUCCUGUCCCCCUUUUCUCUGAGGGACUCUUUCUGGUGACCACAAAAGGAUUUGAUCACUCAGGACAAAGCUGCCAGAGGAGCUCUGGACGACGCCUGGAGGCCAACGGAGUCCCUACAGGUGCUGCUCAGGGUGAUGCACCGACAAUGAGUGGGUGUUUUCCAGUUGCUGGCCUCCGAUGCCUGUCUAGGGUAUGUCGCCGCCUGGUGCGGGAGGCUCCUACCUUCCCAAGCCCCACUGCUUCUCCUGCUGCCCGCCUGCUUCGGACUCUGGCAGAAACCCCACCCGCUGACACAGGGAAUUGGUCUUGGACGUGCCAGCGCCUCUGGCCGUGGCCCGCUAACCAGCCUCUCCCGGGCCGGCUCCCGCCGCGCCCCCUCUCGCUUGCUCUCUCCUCCUCCUCCUGCUCUUCUCCUCCCUGCUCCCAGGACGGCGGGAUGGCCGCGCAGGGCGCGCCGCGCUUCCUCCUGACCUUCGACUUCGACGAGACUAUCGUGGACGAAAACAGCGACGACUCGAUCGUGCGCGCCGCGCCGGGCCAGCGGCUGCCGGAGAGCCUGCGUGCCACCUACCGCGAGGGCUUCUACAACGAGUACAUGCAGCGCGUCUUCAAGUACCUGGGCGAGCAGGGCGUGCGGCCGCGGGACCUGCGUGCCAUCUACGAGGCCAUCCCCCUGUCGCCAGGCAUGGGCGACCUGCUGCAGUUUGUGGCCAAGCAGGGCGCCAGCUUCGAGGUUAUUCUCAUCUCCGAUGCCAACACCUUCGGCGUGGAGAGCGCGCUACGCGCCGCCGGCCACCACGGCCUGUUCCGCCGCAUCUUCAGCAACCCGGCGGGGCCCGACGCGCGGGGGCUACUGGCGCUGCGGCCCUUCCACACGCACAGCUGCGCGCGCUGCCCCGCCAACAUGUGCAAGCACAAGGUGCUCAGCGACUACCUGCGCGAGCGGGCCCACGACGGCGUGCACUUCGAGCGCCUUUUCUACGUGGGCGACGGCGCCAAUGACUUCUGCCCCACGGGGCUGCUGGCGGGCGGCGACGUGGCCUUCCCGCGCCGCGGGUACCCCAUGCACCGCCUUAUCCAGGAGGCGCAGAAGGCCGAGCCCAGCUCUUUCCGCGCCACUGUGGUGCCCUGGGAAACGGCCGCCGACGUGCGCGUGCAUCUGCAGCAGGUGCUGAAGACGUCCUGAGGACGGCGGCCUGCGGGGGGCGCCCGGGCGGGGAAGGGGCGAGGAGGGGGGAGAUCGGGAAAGACAAACCUAGUUUUUUUAAUUCCCUUUUCCCUUUCGCUACGGUGUGUCCCUCUGGGAAUUUCUGGAAUUCCGGGCUUGUCCAUUUGGGGGCUGGGGGCGGGAGUUCGGACAGACCCUAUCUAUGCAGUUAACCCAGUUCGGCUGCCCCGCCCAGUUCCUCUGCAAAACAAUUAUUCUGGAGUCUGGCCCCACCGGGGAGGUGCGCAUACCGGGGAAGGCAGCAGUGUUUCUAAAAACCUUGUCCUCCAAACUGGGAGGACUGGGUUCCCUGGGAGGGGAGAGAAGAAACGUGUCCCGCUGCUUUAACCGCUGCCUCGGGCCGUGUAACCUCCCCUCUUCCAGAUCCCGAAAUCCUCCCGGCUGCACCCGGCUCCCCGCCCAAGUCCCCAGGCCUAGAUCCUGCUUCACCUACCGCGACCCCACCUUCUAUCCCUUUUCUUCUUGCCUCUCUUCCCCCACCCACCCCGCCAGCAUCCCCAAAGGAAAAAAAGCCAGAGGGAACAGUCGCCUCCUGGUGGUGGAACGAGGUAGCACACUGUCCGGCCAGCAAGGGACCUCGCAGCGUGCGACAGUGUCUCCUCGCACCCCAGCCUCGUCUAUGCAGCAAGAGACCAGGGAUUUUACCAAAGUCGCCUCGCGGGCUGGGCCCUCUGCGCCCCCCACCUCCGCGGUGGGUCAGAAGGCCUUGAUAUUUUAAAGCAGAGCCAGCAAAACCCAAGCCCCUCCUCCCUCUUUGAUGUUUUAGAGCUAUAAAGGAGGUGAAGGGGGAA